ACAUAACCUAAAAAUUUGGUAACAAUUUUUGUUACAAAUUAUAUUAUUAAUUUCUUGUUGUUUAUAAUUUAGAAAGAAUAAUGUCCAACUGCAAAAAAUGUGGUUUGCCUGGAAGUAUAAUUCUAAGGAAGAAAGACCUCUAUUGUACAGAAUGUUUUCAAAUUAAUAUAAAUCAUAAAUUUCGGGCAUGCAUUGGGAAGAAUAAAAUAUUAAAUGGGAAUGAAAAUGUUCUAAUAUGUUUAUCUGGAGGGCCAUGUUCAACAGUAUUAAUGGAUUUAAUUCACAAUGGAAUAACUUUGAAUAACCAUAAAAAGUUAUCAAUUAGGCCCAUAUUCUUUCAUCUGAUGGGAUUGUCGGAGAAAACUGAUGCUGUAUUAUUGACAAAAGCUUUGAUAGAAAAAUGUAAUCACUAUAAAUUCAACAUUUAUGUAGGUCACAUUGCACAGUACUUAUUGAAGGAUAUUGAUCUUCCAGAAGUCAAUGUAGUUCCAGAAGUAAAUAAUAAUUUAAGUGUUCAAUUCAAUGAUCUUGUACAUAGUAUGUCAGUUUCAUCUAAAAUUGACUUUGUUUCAAAAGCUUCCAGAGAUUUAUAUAUUAAUUUUGCAAAAUUACUGCAAUGUAGAUAUGUUUUUACUGGUGAAACAUUAGGUACAUUAGCUACAAACUUACUGACUAAUUUGACCAUAGGACGUGGUUCUCAAGUUCAACAUGAUGUUGGAUUUUGUGAUAACAGAAGUCAAAUUAAAAUAUUAAGACCCAUAAAAGAUAUAAGCCAAGAAGAAAUAGAUCAAUAUAUAAAAAUAAACCAGCUUGAUAUUGCACUAACUAGUAGUCCCAUCAAUCAAGAAAAUUGCCUUCAAACUGUUAUAAAGAACUUUGUUAUUGAUUUGCAAGAAAAUUAUCAAGCAACAGUAUCCACAGUUUGUAAAACUGCAGAUAAAAUUGGUAUUGGAACCAAAAAAUGCAAUACUUGCGAAAUCUGUGAGAGUGAUGUUGGUGAGAUCAGUAAUAAGCUCUCUGCAUUGGAAGCUACUAACUUCUCAAGCACUAUUUCAGCUGGACAAGAUCACAUGACAUUAGAGAAUAAUUUAUCUAUUAAAGCUACUGUUUAUUCAAUGUUUCCUCAUGUUAACCAAACUCUUUGUUACACUUGUAGUAAAAUGUUCUCAGAAAUAGAUUUAAAUAUUAUGCCUGAGCGUUUAAAAGAAGUUUUAUAAUAUUGUGAAAUAUUUAUGUGAAUUAAAUAAAUAUUAUUUUUAA